UUCUCUUGUGCUAGAAUGAUUCGCCUGUCCUAAUAAAUGGAUAUUUUUUUGAAUUUGGGAAAAUUUGUCAUCAGCACAGUACAAGCCGACGCACUCGUUUAGUCAGUCUAGUGUCUUUCGACCAGAAACUGCCAGAAAUAAUCAUACUAUAUAUUCAGUUAUUAAUUAAUUUUAAUAUUGCUGCACAAUUUUUAAUCUGAAAAUUUACAAGAUAGUCUGAGGUACUUUCUAUAAAAAAUAUGUGAAGCGUGUUUUGGAUAUUGAAUGAAUGAAAGACUGAGGGAACCUGCGUACGACGCAUUCGCGCAGAACACGUUCCUCGUAAAUUUAUAUGGCUCCAUGGCAGAGCCGCCAUGAUGGCUUAUUGUAUUACACGCUCGACAUGGAAAGUUUCGAAGUUGUUUUAUUGUAUUUGUGACUGAGUGUGUGUAAAUAAUCAAGAUGGGAACGCAUUAAAGAACACGUAUCGUCGUUUAGUGCCCGACUCGGACGGUCCGAGCGGCGAAAAUCCCGCAUUUAGCUGUUUUUAUGUUGGCCUCGUCGCGCGCUUCGAUCCGUCAACAAAUAUGUCCAAGCUUUCCUUCAGGGCGAGGGCCCUGGACGCAAGCAAGCCCAUGCCCAUUUACAUGGCCGAGGAGCUCCCGGACCUUCCGGAUUUCUCGGCAAUUAACAGGGCUGUGCCCCAGAUGCCCUCCGGAAUGCAGAAGGAGGAGGAAUGCGAACACCACUUGCAAAGGGCCAUAUGCGCUGGCCUCAUCAUUCCCACUCCUGAAGUUACAGACGUGCCCCUCAAGGACUUCUACGAUAUGGUUUGUCCAUCAAACUACAAACAACCCCGUCAACUUAUUCACAUGCAACCACUUACUAUGGAACAAGAUAUACCUGAUUAUGACAUGGACUCUGACGAUGAGAGAUGGUUGCAGGCACAAAAACCUAGACUUGACUUAAGCCCCCUUAAGUUUGAAGAGAUGAUGGAUAGGUUGGAAAAGAGCAGCGGACAGACUGUAGUAAAGUUAACUGAAGCACAAGCCCUUUUAAAGGAAGACCGUGAACUCACAAUUGCAGUUUUUGAUUAUUGGCUGAACAAAAGACUUAAAAUGCAACAUCCCUUGAUAUUAUCAGUUCGUACUGAACACAGAGCAGGUUUAGCAGAUAACAACCCUUAUCUGGCCUUCAGAAGACGUACAGAAAAGAUGCAAACAAGAAAAAAUCGUAAAAACGACGAAGUUUCAUAUGAGAAGAUGUUAAAACUCAAAAGGGACCUAGUAAGGGCUGUCACUCUGUUAGAUCUGGUGAAAAGACGGGAAAAAUGCAAGAGGGAGUUUGUUCAUCUUACAGUGGAAGUGUUUGAGAAGCGGUUUCAGGUGCGGGACUUUAGUGGAGCUCUGGCAGCGGAGGCUGCGGCGCUUAAAGCGGCGUCCGCGCCUCAACGGCCAGCUUUUACGCCUAUUUUUCAUAAUCAUUACACAAACCAGAGUUGGGCAGAUACAGUGGCUACGCAGGCUCAAGUUGCAGGGCAGGCAACUAAAUCAGCUUUAAAAGAUGAGAUUUUACCACCACGUGGAAAACGUCAAUACAAGAAGAGGAAGCACAAAUAUUUGGGCGGCCGCGGCGAUGGCCUAUCUUCAGACGAGGAUGGUUCUUUGGGGGGUAUGGGCAGAAGCGGUACCCCAGAGCAAGACGAACAAGAUGAUGGACCCUUUGCAUUCAGAAGGAACAGACUCUGUUCCUAUCACAUGCCCUUACCUACGAUGGGCAAUUGGCCUUGGUGCUCGUCUGAAGACAACGGCACUGCGGACAAACGGUUUCGGUUCACACUAACCUCACUGUCCAACCCUCGAAGGUGUAUAGGAUUUGCUAGACGAAGGGUUGGUAGAGGGGGUAGGAUUAUAUUAGACAGGGUGUCUACCGAUUACGACGAUUUCUGGCGAGGGUUAGAUUUCUCCAUUAUCGAACCUACAACGACAGUACCAGCCGUCGUUAAGCAAGAGACCGUGACUAUAGAUGCAGAACCUGCGCCUGAUCCUUUGAGAUUGAGUUCGGGUAUUUUUUCUGGUUCGGACGGACAGUGGAGUGACAGUAUGGCCGCGAGUAACCGCGACGGCUUGUCUUUCGUUAGUAGUGACAGUGGUGUUGGGAGCGGCGAUUUGUCGAAGGUCAAGGCGGACGAGACAAAGGAAGACAACGCUGUGGAGUUCCUCAGGGCUCUCAGGAGGGAUUGGUUGCACUUUCGGCCUAAAACGCCGCCUCCCGACUACGCCCCGCCCGUUGACCUGCUCCCGCCCCCGUCGCCGCCGUUCUCUCACGACCAGCUGCCACCUUUCCAUGUGGAGGUCCGGCCCCUGGACUCUCAAAGCGACAGCGGGCUACUUCUAGACCACACCCCCUUUAUUUCUGAACUGUUCGAAUUGGAUAGGCGGUGGAUGGAGGGCAUGGUUUCUAGUCAGGGUCCGCCCGCGCAGUUGUUCGAGGUGAGCAACGACAGGACAGAUGACGAAGGUGGUGGGGCCUGUAGUAGCAAGACAGUCGGCGUAUCAACAUUUACGUUGAGGGACGCGGGCGGGGAGAUGGCAGUCACAAACUGUUGUGAACUGGAGGAAGAGAGGGAUGAUGAAUGUAUGGAAUUAGAGAAAUCGGAUGAGGUCGUGGAAGAGGAGGGGGAGGGGUUUGACAGGGAGGUGGGGAAUUCAAAUGGGAUCAUACAGCAGAUUGGGUUCUCUGCCGAAGUUCCAAAUUCUAACCGGCUAAGAAACAACAAACGUCCCUCAUACACAUACGGAGUCCCCCCAGUCAGUCUGCUUACAUCAGCACAAUCUGUUACGCUUAAUAGUCAUAGUGCCAACAAUAUUCUAGAGAUCCCCCUGACGGCCGCUGUGGACGUCGAGGUCGAAGACGGAGCUCCGGCGCAGGGGAGUACAGGAAGCGCCCCCAAAACACCCAACGGCGGCGUCAGGAACAACAAAAGCGGCCUGGUGAUGGAGGUGACGUGAUGUCCCGUCAAUGGGACGGCUGAGAAAGGUUAGUCCCCGCCCCCUAACAGCAAGAGGAGUGGCUAAAGUGGAUUAGAGGAGACAUUUAAGAGCCGGUAGCUGAGAUCGCGGUUGUUUUGAGAUAAGCUUUGUUAAGAGAUAGAGAAGUGUUUGAUAGGAAAUGGAACAAUUUUUGUGAGCAUAUUGGUGAAUUUAGCCGCAAAAAAGUGGAUCAAUAUACAGCGUGUUCGAAGAUAUUGAUAACAUAGGGAAUUUCUAAGAAAGCCUGUAUUCUAGCUAAAAAAAUAAAAAUGAUUGUCUUAAACAUUUUAAAAAGAACUUCAAUAUCAGUAAAACUUAAAUCCAUUUUUUGUAGCUAAAUUUGGAAUAUAUCGCCUACGUACGUAUUUAUAUAUAAAUUUAACUUUUUCAAGUCAGUGUCACACUCUAUUAUAAUAAUAACACUAAAUAUGAAAAAAUAUAAGCAAAAUUUUAGACAACAAAAAAUAUAUACAAAGUCUACAUAAUUGGGCUUUGGAGAUUAAAAAAAAGAUACGCUUGGUAGUAAUGUGUUCAAAAGAAAUCAACUUUUAAAUUAACUUUUCUCUAUUUUUUUGUUAAACUCUAGAGAAAAAUCGAAAAUCCUCUGAAAGGACACACAGUUAUUUAUAAUUUAUGGUUUUACUCGCUUACUAUAGAACUUCUUUAGCCUCAGAGUUUAUGACAGAAAAAAAAACACCUUAUUAGAAACACUUGUUUUUGUUAUUAUCAAUUUAUUAGGUGUCAGAAGAAAUCUAAACAACAAUAUCUACUAAUAUUACGUAGCCCCGACUUUUGUAAUAUGUAAUAUCUAUUAAAUAAGAUUGUAAUUUGUACAGUAGUUCUAAUCCUGAAGGAAAUUAAAAAUAGAGUAAUGAAAAUGCAUAAAAAAGGCUGUUAAUGGUAAAAAUCCAACAAGUUUAAUUUUAAGUAAAUUGUUCGGCAAAAACCGAAAUUCUCUUAAUUGUUUUAAGUUAUUUCUAGAGCUAAAGGUACUUAUAUUUCCAAACAAACAUUUAUUUUUAGUUUUGUCCAACGAGAGAAUAUUUGACAGUGGCAGUUGUCUGUCAUUUUUACAUAUCUGUUGAAAUCAUUGUUUCUAUCGCUGGACAGACUUUAUAAACAAAUGUCAUGCAAAUUAUAUUUGUAUAUAUUCACAGUAUAUAGAUCUAAACAGUAAGUUCAUACAAUGUAUAUCUAGCUUUUCAGUCACUCGAGAUCACCCAUAUCUUGCAGUGUGUAUUAAAUAUUUACUAUUCUCAAGUCUUUUAAGACGCCUAAUUAAUUAAUUAACUCUGCAUAUUAGAUCUUUAUAUUGUGUUGAGUGUUAAAAUUAUACAAGUCGCUAAGAUAAUGUUUCUAAAGGAUUUGUGGUACCCCAAGAGAAUCAAUGGUGCAAAUACCGUACACAAAAAAAAUAUUUAGACGUCUAAAAACCGUUCCCGGCGUUUUACAGGGUGGCUCAAAAAUCCAUCUGUAAAGCCUGUAUUUUUUGAGCCACCGUUUAUAGAUAUAGGAUAGGUCGGUGGGUUCUGCACUCUUAAGACCUUCCCCCUUCUUUUUUGUACAUUAUAAAAGAAAAAAUGUGAUUGAGCUAGCUUAGUGUAUAAAAUUUAACUUAUUUAUAUUGUAAAUUUUUGAUUUUUUGACUGGUCACUGAGAUUUUCGAUAAAAUGUGUUUUAAUAUUUUUUCCUAGUUGUUCGGUCGCUUUUAUCGGGGAUACCGGUGACCACCCACCAGAAAAAAAUAUACGCUUCAAUUUUUAACUGUCUGGCUUCUGGUCGACCGAAUUUCGUGCGAUGAGCAAGUUUAUAAUCUUUAGAAUGUGGUGAAUAUAAGUAAAAUAGUAAUAUUAAAAAAAUAAUGCGAUAAUUCUCUAUACGGGUCUUUAACUGUAAAAUAAUAUUUAAAAGAAGAAAUCGUAAAAUCCCGCGCGAAGGCGUUAGGGUUUUUUUCAUUAGCAAAUCUAAAUGUGUAUAAUUUGUAUAUAAACUAGGUACAUAUGUGUAAGAAAUAAUGAAACAAAGAGACAAAAAAAGAAUAAAGAUGCUCGCGGGAUCUUAUCCGGUCCAGCUAUUAAACUAAAA